AUUGAAAUGACGUUUUAAUCUUCUUGCCUUCAAAAUUCGAAGCGUUUUCCAGUGUGAAUAGACAUGAAUGUGAAAAAAUUGAAACGGGUCUGCAUCUUAGGCAGCGGAGGAUGGGGUUCUGUAAUAGCUAGAAUUAUAGCACGGAAUGUCCUUUCUAUGAGCAAGUUUCAUCCCAAAGUGACCAUGUACGUUUUCGAGGAAUUCUUAGAUGGUAGAAAGCUCACAGAGAUCAUAAAUAAGGAACACGAAAACGUUAAAUAUUGUAAAGGUUAUCAAUUCACGCAUAACCUGGUGGCUCUUUCUGACCCAGUAGAGACAGCGAAAAAUGCAGAUUACAUAAUUUUCGUGACCCCUCAUCAAUUUAUCGAUAGUUUAUGCAAAACGUUGCAUGGAAAAAUCAAGCCAAGAGCUGUUGCUAUUUCUCUCAUAAAGGGUUUUGAAGUCAAGAAUACCGGAGGUAUCGAUUUGAUCUCUCACAUAAUCUCUAAAAAACUCAACAUUCCCUGUCAUGUCCUGAUGGGAGCAAACAUAGCCUCGGAGGUGGUAGAGGAGAAAAAGCAUUGCACGUCUACCCUCGGUUGCAAAAAUUCAAAGAGAGGCGCUAUACUGAAGGAGUUGUUCGAAACAGAACACCUAAGGAUCACAGUGGUAGCGGAUGAGGAUACUGUUGAAAUUUGUGGUGCUCUUAAGAAUAUCGUGGCCACCGGAGCAGGCUUCGUAGAUGGUUUGGGUUUAGACAACCGCAUGAAGGAAGCUAUCAUCAGACUUGGCUUCCUGGAGAUGAUAAAAUUCGUUGAUUACUUCUACCCAGGAGGUAGAAUUUCUACCUUCUUCGAGAGUUGCGGUAUAGAAGAUUUGAUUGUGACCUCUUACGCUGGUAGAAACAGAAAGUGUGCUGCUGCUUUUAUCACCAGUGGAAAGAGCAUCAAACAGUUGGAGAAGGAAAUGCUGAAUGGACAGAUGCUCCAAGGACCUCCUACUGCAGAAGAGGUCGGUUAUAUGUUGAAGAACGAGAAUAUGACUCACCAUUUUCCGCUUUUCACGGUAAUCGAUCAAAUUUGUCAAGGUCAAACACCAGCAAGCGAUCUCACCAGAUGUAUCGAAUCAAAUAUUGGGAAGCGAACGUGUACACCGAAAAAUCUGAAACCAUGAGAAAAUUAAAUCAGAACGAAUCCAAUGGGAUGAAAUGGAAGCAGUAUAGCAAGGGGAACGAUUUAUGUCCAAUUUCCUUUUAACCAGAUAAAAUUAAAUCGGCCCAAUAAUCAUUCAAA